AUCAGUCGGUGCACGGCGUUGAUGCUGAUCACAAGCAUAGUAAAAUUAUUGCGUAUUUUUAGCUGCCCUUAACAAGUUGUUAGACUGUUUCACACGUAUUCAAUUGUAUUACUUGCACUAAACUUUCGUUUGUGGUAACAACGUGCUGUGUUUGAAAAUGAGCGUUGCUUGGUCGCAGUCGACGUGGAAAGUUUUACUAAUUGCUGUUUAUUUUGCGAAAAUAGUCGUUACGAAAACGGCUCACGGUGACGGGGAAAACCAAAGUCCUUUUAGACUUCCUGAUGCGAUAUCUCCAAUUCAUUACCAGCUGACUCUUCUGCCCGUUAUUGAAGAAAAUCCUCGACUGUGUGGUCAUGUUUGGAUCGAUGUGACAGUCAACUCACCCACCAAUGCGAUAGUUCUCCACGGACAAGUACUUCCGGUGGAAUCGGUUGUUUAUGCCGAUAGUGAAGUGAUCGACAACGAAGUAUCUCGAAUGCUCGUGGAGAGGAUGUGCUUCUCCGGCGUACUUGAUGCCCUGGAUUUGUUGAGCGAUGACAAGCCAAAGAGUCGAGACGACAAAGACAUUGCCCAAUCUGUUCACCUGGAUGAAGAUAGUGAGCAGAUGAUAAUUAUACUGAAAGAGGAACUGAUCGUCGGUGCAUUCUAUCGCAUAGGCAUUCUUUACUUGGCGGAGAUAAAUGACGGUGACAACAUUGGAUUCUUCCGUGUCCAGAAGAAGCAAGAAGAUAAUAACUGCUGCCGCCAAAGAUGGAUUGGAUCAACCCAGCUGGAAGCUACCCAUGCUCGUAAAGUAUUCCCUUGUUUCGACGAACCCGCAUUCAAAGCGACCAUCGAGCUAACACUUGGUCAUGAUUCCAAACUUAGAGCCAUCUCAAAUAUGCCUUCAAAUUCGUCAACAUCUUUGAAAACUGUUGACGACUGGGUUUGGACCACGUUUGAAAAGACACCGGUUAUGUCUACCUACUUGCUGGCUUGCGUAAUUUCGGAACUCGAGUACUUGGAGACCAGCUACUUGUCGAUCAAUGGCCGAAAUAUUACCAUCAGGCUGUGGACUGAGAAACAGAAAUUUAGCCAACUCGAUUUGGCAUACCGUUUGGUGCCCACAAUCAUGGAGACGCUUGAAGAUUACUUCGGGAUUCCAUAUACACUUCCCAAGCUAGAUAUGGUGUCUCUCCCAGGGUACGAUUUGGCCCGUGCUAUGGAAAACUGGGGAUUAAUUGUACAAAGUGAAUCUACUCUCCUCCAAGAAAGUGACGCAAAUGACCCAAUGGAAAAAGCCAUUUUUGCCAUAACUAUUGUUCAUGAAAUUGCUCAUCAGUGGUUUGGUAACCUAGUAACGUCUCGUUGGUGGUCAGAUAUCUGGUUCAAUGAAGGACUUGCCACGCUAUUUGAAAAUAUUGUUCUCAAUGAGAUUGCCCCUGAAUUGGGAGUUGAUGUUAUUACGGUUCUGUUCUUCCAACAAGCGCUGUUUCACGAUACCCUGAAUAUAUCCAUACCUCUGAACUACCCAGUUGAACUCCUUCCAACUAUCGAACAUAAAUUUGAUGGGUUCGCCUACGCUAAAGCUUCAGUGAUUUUUAGAAUGGUUAAAUCAUUUGUUGGGGACGAAGCGUUCAAGAAUGGACUUCACCGCUACUUUAAUCAGUUUCAAUUUAAAGCCGCCAACAGUACAGACUUUUGGGCGAUUCUCACCCAAGAGUCCCGCCGAGCAUGCACUCUUUCUCCUCGCAAACAUGUUGGCCGGAUUAUGAAGACGUGGACCGAACAGUCAGGUUAUCCUUUGAUUCAAGUUGAUCGCAACCCGAACGGCACCAUCCAGCUUACACAGACGCCGUUUAUUGAUUCGAGCAAUCCUUUGACGGAUAAUUUUACGGAAACGGUUGCUUGGUGGGUCCCCAUCUCAAUGACCAAUGGCGCAGAUCCGAAAUUCUCCUUAGACGAUAGAAUACCGGUGGUGUGGCUCACUCCAAAAGUCCCUUCCGUAGCUAUUAAAGGUCCUGACGAUACCAAUGUCUGGAUCUUAGUCAAUCUCCAAUACAGCGGCUACUACCGUGUAAAUUACGAUCGACUUGGAUGGGAGCUUCUAUCAGAGCAGCUGAUACGCAAUCAUACGGUUAUUCCACCUUUGAAUCGAGCUCAACUUAUUGAUGAUGUUUUCACUUUAUGCCACGUCAAAACACUGCCGUAUGAAGUCAGCGUGAGGCUGGUCGAGUACCUGGGUCGAGCUGAAGAGGAAAACUUUGUUCGAAGUGUGGCAGUUGGUCAUGUUGGUCGAAUCAAGCAGAUGAUGGCGCUUCAAGGAAUCCACGAUGAGAAACUUGAUGCAAUGGUUAAAGUUAUGAUGACUUACAUUGUACCAACACAAAACACCGAGUCCAGAAACCAUUAUAAUUCUGGACAACUUGACGUUCAUUGCCAUAAUGACGACAAGCUAUGUGUCGAUCGUAUUCUUGAUCUCUUCCGUGACUACAUUAACGACACUGUGACACCAGCGCAAUCCAGCUUAACGAAGAAACACUUUGAAGAUAUUUGGUGCACAGCCUUACGUUACGGAGGUCCUUUGGAGUGGUCUUACGCCUGGAACAGUAGUCGUGAUUCUUCUGCUACAUUGUCGAAGAAAAGAAAGAUCCUCAAAGCAAUGGCUUGUACUACGGAUACAAGCCGCAUCAAGCAAUUGCUUUCACGGGUUUUCCUUCCAAAGAUUAACCAGGAACCAAUUGAGACGUCAAUCAUCCUGAACAGUUUGGCCGAGAAUCCUUCUGCUCGAUUGUUGGCUAUGAAGUUCGUAAUGUUGAAUUGGGCAUUCCUCAACAAACAUUUCCGAAACCCUCCCCGAAUGCGAGAUCUUCUGGUGGCCGUUACGCGACGAUCCUCCUCACUCAACGAACUCGAGAAGGUCAACGAAUUUCUGGAAGACAAAGCGAACGAGCUGGGUCCUGCAGUUAUUGAUCUCAUCGUUGCUACAAUCAGCAGUAACGUACGGCAGAUUGAGUUACAGAAGAUACACCUAAAAUAUCACACCUUAAUUGGUGAAACAGGAAAUGAUUUGACUCGCCUAGAGGAAAAUGUUGCUUCUGUUUUGUGAGUUAAAAUUGUGAUAUUGUCGUUAGGUAUUGGGUUGGUUUAAUUACGUAGUACGUAAUUUAUCCUUGCCACUGAAACACUGUUAUGCCUUCAACUAACUUUCUUCUAAUGUCGAGGUUAACUUAGAGUAUUUUCAUAAUGAAAUAAGGAAGUAUUUUAAUUUAUGAAUAAGCAAAAUGGCGUUUCAUGUUGAUGUUUCUCUUGUCUUUGUAUACCCAUCUUCGUUUACCAUAUAUUACAUCCGCAGCUUGAAUCAAA